AAGCACCACACGUGUCACGAAGGAAACGUACAUGUGUGUCACAGUACUGCAAAUGUCGUCUGCUGCCAUCUAGAUACCCAGUCCGGAGUGAAAUAACCCAGCGAGUGAAAGUAAGGGUAGGCCCUGCUGUGGGUGAAAUAUCACCAUGUCAGAACAACAAAGUGAUGAUAAUGAUGUAGCACAUUCAGAAGACACUCCCCAACAACAGUCAGAUGUCAUCCUUCCAGCCACAACACCAAGGAGGUUACCUCCCCUGGGUCAGAGUAAUGCAGAUUCUUCCCAGUCUGACCACACACCCAUGCUUGAUGAAUCUACAACCAGGAACAGAACACUACCAGCUAUAUAUCACUCCAGCAAAGCGGUGGCACCUCUUGGAACUGACAAAGAAAUAGUGAAUGGAAUUGUAGUGAAAAAGUCCGGACAAGAUGGACAAGAGGCAGGAUCCACAGCCGGCUCGGAAGAUGGAGAUAAGGAAAAAAAGGAUGAGCCAAUGAAAGCUGUUGGAUUCUUUGAAACUUUUCGUUUUUCGGACUGUUGGGAUCGGCUGUUGAUGAUUAUUGGGUCUCUAGGUGCCAUGGCUCACGGAGCUGGGAUGCCGGCCAUGAUCAUUGUGUUUGGAACCAUGACUGAUUCCUUUGUAGAUGUGGGAAAGUACACGGCCAUUCUUGAAGUCAUUGCCGAUUUCCUCACCAAUGUUGGGCUCACACAGGCAGCCUGCAUCGCCAAUCCAAGUCUUCUCAGUCCCUAUAUAACUGAUAUAGCAACUAACUACAGUACUGUGGACACCAACAUCAUUCAACAACAGAUAGACACAGAUUUUCUGGAACAAAUGAGGACAUUCUCUCUGUACUAUGUUGGUAUAGGUUGUGGAGUUAUCGUUCUUGGCUAUGCCCAGGUGGCAUUCUGGUCUCUGGCUGCGGAGAGACAGUGUCACAGGAUCAGAAAGAGGUUUUUCCGCAAUGUGAUGAGACAGGACAUGACCUGGUUUGACACCCAUGACUCGGGUCAGUUAAACACAAGACUGUCAGAUGAUGUAAACAAGAUCCACAGUGGCAUAGGGGACAAGUUGGGUACGUUCCUGCAGUUCUUCUCUAGCUUUCUGACUGGCAUCACAAUUGGGUUUGUGUACGGAUGGAAACUGACCUUAGUUAUAUUGUCAGUCUGUCCUAUCAUCAUGGUAGCAGCUGCUGCCUUUAAUAAGAUUCUAACAUCUGUGACAGGAAAUCAACUGCUGGCCUACGCCCAGGCGGGAUCAGUAGCUGAAGAAGUACUCAGCUCCAUUAGAACUGUGGUGGCAUUUGGUGGUGAGAAGAAGGCCAGUAAGAAAUAUAGUGAGUCGCUUUCUGAGGCCCGUGAUUUUGGUAUCAAAAAAGCUCUGGGAAAUGGUGUAUCCAUGGGAAUCGUGUACUUUGUCAUAUUUUGUACAUAUGCCCUGGCGUUCUGGUAUGGAGCCAAGGUCUCGCGGGAGGAACCGGACACCUACUCAAUCGGCAAAGUGUUGAUCGUGUUUUUCUCGGUGCUAAUUGGUGCAAUGUCCCUAGGGACUGGACUUCCUAACCUCCAGGAUUUUACUGAAGCAAGAACUGCUGCAUACACCAUUUACCAGCUCAUUGAUUUGAAUCCAGAUAUUGACAGCAGUUCAGAGGAAGGAAAGACACCUGACCACUUGGAGGGAAAUAUAGAAUUUCAGGAUAUAGAAUUUCGGUACCCAGCCCGACCAGAGGUCAAAGUUCUUAACAAGGUUGACCUUGAGAUUAUGAGAGGACAGACAGUGGCUCUUGUCGGGUCCAGUGGAUGUGGUAAAAGCACAAUGGUACAACUGAUUCAGCGGUUCUAUGAUCCAGAGGCUGGACAGGUUCUGAUUGAUGGUAUAAACCUGAAGGAGCUGAAUGUAAAAUGGCUCAGACAACACAUAGGUGUGGUCAGUCAGGAACCUGUCCUCUUUGCUACGUCUAUUGAAGAAAAUAUCCGUUACGGAUGGGACGGUGUCACACAGGAUCAAAUCAUUGCUGCAGCAAAGAUGGCCAAUGCACAUGACUUCAUCAUGCAGCUACCAGAGAAAUAUGAUACACUGGUUGGGGAGAGAGGUGCCCAGCUGAGUGGUGGUCAGAAGCAGAGAGUAGCCAUCGCGCGUGCCCUGGUCAGAGAUCCAAGGAUUCUGCUGCUGGACGAAGCCACAUCAGCCCUGGACACUGAGAGUGAGGCUAUUGUACAGGAGGCCCUGGAUAAGGCUAGAGCUGGCAGAACUACAGUUGUUGUUGCCCACCGUCUGUCCACCAUAAAGACUGCCAACACAAUUGCUGGUUUUAAGGAAGGAACGAUCGUAGAGCAAGGUACCCAUGAACAACUGAUGCAGAAACAAGGGGUGUACCAACAGCUUGUCACGUUACAGACAAAAAAACAUGAUGCUGAAGGGGAUGAAUUGAUUGAGGAGUAUACAGUAUCAGAAAAGAAAUCUUCCAAGAUGCUGAAGACUCAGAAGUCAGUAGUGGAUGCCAAGAAAUUGGAAGGCUUGAAUGUAAAGAGUGACACAGAUGAUGACAAGAAAGACAAGGAUUUGCCGGACCCUUCCUUCAAGAGGAUCAUGAGACUCUGUGCCCCCGAAUGGUACCUCAUUGUUGUUGGUUGUUUUGCCAGUUUAUUGUUUGGAGGUGUUCAGCCGUGUUUUGCUAUAAUAUUUUCCAGUAUUAUCACUGUGUUUGGUAAUACAGACUACAGUUACCAGGAAACAGAAAUAAGAAAGUAUGUCCUCAUCCUAAUAGCCAUUGGGCUCGGCGCUCUUAUCGCUCUGUCACUGCAGAGUUACAUGUUUGGCAAAUCAGGUGAAAAUCUGACAUUGAGGCUGAGAAAAAUGGCAUUUGAGGCUAUGUUAUGGCAGGACAUGUCCUAUUUUGACAAUCCAAAGAACGGUACUGGAGCCUUGACUACUCGUUUGGCCACUGAAGCUUCCGAGGUUCAUGGGGCUGCUGGCAUCACCAUAGGAAAAGCCAUUGAGGCUUUGGCGAACAUCGGAACAGCAAUUAUCAUUGCGUUAAUCUAUGGUUGGAAACUGACUCUAGUCAUCCUUGCAUUUAUACCACUGAUGGCUGUUUCUGCAGGAUUACGGAUGAAAAUUUUAACUGGAGUAGCAGGAAAAAAUAAAUUAGCUCUAGAAGAAGCUGGCAAAAUUGCCACAGAGGCCAUAGAAAACAUGAGGACAGUGGCAGGACUUUCUAUGGAAGAUAAAGUGUUUGUACUGUAUAUCCAAAGUCUGGAGCAGCCGUACAGAGAGGCCAUCAGAAAAUGUCACUUGACUGGACUUGCCUUCUCUAUAUCACAGGCUAUGCUUUACUAUGCUUAUGCAGCAGCAUUUUACUUUGGAGCCUAUUUAAUCAGAGAGAAUGAAAUGGAAUUCGGUGAUGUUUUUAGGGUUUUCUCAGCAGUUGUGUUUGGGGGCAUGGCCCUAGGACAGGCAAGCUCCUUUGCUCCAGAUGCCUCCAAAGCCAAAGUGGCAGCAUCCCAUAUCUUUGCCCUGUUGGACCGUGUCCCUAGCAUUGACACUGAGUCGGAAGCUGGCAGCAAACCUGUAAAUUUUACCAGUAGAAUCUCCUUUGGGAAUACAAAGUUCUGUUAUCCAUCUCGACCAAAUGUACAAGUUUUACAGGGCCUUACAUUGGAGGUAUCCUCUGGAGAAACCCUCGCUCUAGUGGGAGCCAGUGGAUGUGGCAAGAGUACUACAGUACAACUCAUCGAGAGGUUCUACGAUCCUGAUGAAGGAUCUGUGAAAUUGGACUCCUAUGAUUUGAAGGAUCUCAAUGUCCAAUGGUUAAGAUCCCAGGUUGGCAUUGUAUCACAGGAGCCCAUUCUGUUUGACUGUAGUAUCGCAGAAAACAUAGCUUAUGGAGACAACUUCCGAGUGGUUGGUAUGGAUGAGAUCAUCUCCGCAGCCAGAAGUGCCAACAUUCACAAGUUUAUAGAAUCCUUGCCCAAUGGUUAUGAAACUAAUGUUGGAAACAAAGGGACACAACUCAGUGGUGGACAGAAACAGCGGGUGGCCAUCGCUCGUGCCCUGGUAAGGAAUCCUAAGAUCCUGUUGUUGGAUGAAGCAACGUCUGCGCUCGACACGGAGAGUGAGAAGGUUGUACAGGAAGCCUUGGACAAAGCCAGAGAGGGACGGACAUGUAUAGUGAUUGCCCAUCGUCUGUCCACCAUCCGAAACGCGGACAAAAUCUGCGUCAUCAAACAUGGUCAGGUGGCAGAGGAGGGUCGUCACGGUGAUUUAAUGUCUAAACAAGGACUCUACUAUAAGCUCAACACUGCACAGAGUCGCCAGAAAUAAGUCUGACUACAAUUUUAGGUUCUGGGUGUAGAGGCUAUGUUUUUUAUUUUUUAUUUUAUUUUUUUUUAAUUUGCGCUGAAUUUUUAGCUUAAUAGUAUUAUCAUUCAGCAGGGAUUAGCGACUUCCCUCAGUGAAAUGAAAAUGUAGCAAAUUUUACAAAAAUGUUUCAAGAAUUUCACUGGACGUAAACAAAUCUAGAUGCUUUCUGUUGAUUGUUCAUAUUGAACAUGGUAUUUCAAAAGCUCAGGAUCAGUAUUAAUCAUUUAUCUUUAUUUAAAAAGUGACUGUGACAAAUCAAGAUACAGUCCCCUACAAAAUCUGUGAUAACUCUGCAUAUCUGUGAUCCCUAUAUAAUUAAGACUGACGUUUAUGAUGUUGUUGGGCUUCUAUAGAUUGAGCUCUUCCAGACUAUUUUAAGAUUGCUCAUGUUGUUAACUCAGUGUACUAUUUUUGCAUAUUUGUUUUUAAAAAAAAUGUAGAUAUGAUGAACUUUAAUAUCCACGGACGUGUCUUUUUGAUAAUUUUUAAACCUUUAGAACUGCUCAACAGGAAAUAUCUGAGAAAAUAGUAUUUGAGCUCAUGGACAGGUGAAUGUCUUUUUAUGCUUGUUGACUUUUGUUGACAAUUUUUAGAAAAAGAAAUUACAUUAAAGGAAAAAUUAAAAAUGCAGGAAAAUCACUAUUAUCUGUUAUGAGCUUUUUCGUUAAUAUUUAUAGCAUCAUUUUUGAUAUAUGACAAUUCAAGAAAACCAAUUUCAGAGCACUGUGCAAGAGUGCAGAUUAAGGGUUAAAUUCUUAUUUUAGCAUCUUGGUUUCGAAUUUAGUUUGUUUACAUGAUAUUUGUAUGUACUCGUUUACUUGUUAAGUCAGAAAAAAAUUAACACGUUUCAAUUAUUAUUAACUAUUGUUAAAUUUUCCAUGAAAACCUAGAAAAAGGACACCAGUAAUUAUUGGCGAUUUUUAUCACCAUGUUAGUGUUUGUCGCCAUCUUAAGUUUGUGAAUAAUAUGUUUUCUAAAAAACCCAUUCACUUAGAAUGUCCUUAAUUUGUAAAUACAUUUCUCACAAUUCCAUUCGCUCAAAAUAUCUUGUAUUGUAUUUAAACACUAAAACGUUUGACUUCAGCCAUGCAAUUUAAUCAUAUGGUAUAUGUGGUUAUGUUUCAAGUUUAAAAAUGAUGUUUUUUCGGUGAUUUUAUUUUAUAAAAUUAUUUUAUUUCCGUUAUUUUUUAGUUAUUGCAUUCAUGGUGCUGUAUACUUGGGUAUGAUUUGUUGUAUACACUUUGAAAUGAUAUCUUUAAACCUUAUUAUAUAUACAUGUAUAUGCAUACGUUGUUCAGCUUUUGCCUUGGUAUGUUGUUUGUCCGAUUAUCUGUGAUAGAUUUUUAUUUCAACUUUAAUACUUCAUUAAAACUAUGUUGUUGUAGGCUAGAUUUGGUCACUAUGCAGUGUUAAAGUGUAAAUGAAAAUAUACAAUGUACAUAUAUGGUAUAAAAGAGUUUGCAAAACUUACGGGUAAUGAAGGUUAACAUGAAGAUGGAGUGUGAUGCUUAUCAUGAUGACAAAUACUGCUAUUUACAUUAUACAAGUUUACUAUCAAUAUUCAGGUAAAGUGUAUAUACCAUUAAGCUAUAUAUCUAGUUAUACCAUCAAGCUACAUAUAUACAAGUCUCUGGUAUAUCAAGUUAUACCGUCCAUCAAGCUAUAACCAGUUAUACCGUCCAUUAAGCUAUAUCUAGUUAUACCGUCCAACAAGCUAUAUCUAUAUCUAGUUAUACUAUCCAUCAAGCUAUAACUAGUUAUACCGUCAAUCAAGCUAUAUCUAUUUAUAGUUAUACCGUCCAUCAAGCUAUAUCUAGUUAUACCGUCCAUCAAGCUAUAUCUACAUGUAGUUAUACCGUCCAUCAAGUUAUAUCUAGUUAUACCGUCCAUCAAGCUAUAUCUAUAUAUAGUUGUACCAUCAAGCUAUAUCUAGUUAUACCGUCCAUCAAGCUAUAUCUAGUUAUACCGUCCAUCAAGCUAUAUCUAGUUGUACCGUCCAUCAAGCUAUAUCUAGUUAUACCGUCCAUCAAGCUAUAUAUAGUUAUACCGUCCAUCAAGCUAUAUCUAGUUAUACCGUCCAUCAAGCUAUAUCUAGUUAUACCGUCCAUCAAACUGUAUCUAGUUAUACCGUCCAUCAAGCUAUAUCUAGUUAUACCGUCCAUCAAGCUAUAUCUAGUUAUACCGUCCAUCAAGCUAUAUAUAGUUAUACCGUCCAUCAAG